AUGCUCGACUGGCGUCGAGAUGGUGGCGGUGGGUAUUUCUGGUACCGUAUUGAAGACCUCCGAGUCGCUGUACUUGUAGCCGCAGUUGAUGCGGAGCGUCCAGAGCGUCCAGAACGCUGGGUAGAUGCUGAUCCGCUAGACACACUUUCUCGUCGCUCGCGGCCGCCUUUCUCGCUGGUAGGUGAUACAAGGAUGCCACUAUCGGAACGCAUCACUGGAUUGAACUCGCACCCGCUAUCAUGGGUGCCAGGAGCCAUAGCCGACCAGAAGGUUGUAUUUGAGCUGGUUUUUUCAGAGAGGUUGGAGGUAAGUUGGAGAUGA